AUGCCUCAAAGCAACAACUUUGUAUUUGACGAGGGUCAUAAGGAUAUCAUCAAAACGGCAUUCGAUAACGGGAUCAACAUGAUCGAUACUGCAGAAGCCUAUGCAAAGGGACAAUCGGAAGUGGAGAUCGGACGCGUCAUCAAGGAGCUCGAUAUCCGGCGGUCUGACCUGGUGAUUACCACGAAACUGUUCUGGGGUCUACGGACGGGGCCAAACGAUGGCGGAUUUAUCAUCGAAGGGACCCAAGAAGCACUUGCCCGUCUUCAGAUGAACUACGUAGAUGUAAUCUUUGCUCAUAGGUGUGACGUCAAUGUACCGAUGGAGGAGAUUGUUAGGGCAUUCAACUUUGUGAUCGAGAAAGGCUGGGCCUUCUAUUGGGCUACAUCAGAAUGGUCCGCUCGUGAGAUUGAAGAAGCGCAUCACGUCGCUUCUCGUUUGAAUCUUAUCGCUCCCGUUGCCGAGCAGUGCCAGCACAACAUGUUCCACCGAGAGCAAGCAGAGAAAGAAUACGCACCGUUGUACAAGAAAUACGGUCUUGGAACGACUGCCUUUUCCGUUUUGGCAAGUGGAGUGUUGACUGGGAAAUACAAUGAUGGUAUCCCUCCAGGUACGCGCCUAUCCAACCCAGAGAAUGGAUUGGAUUAUAUGGUCAAGGCUCUCGACACUCCCGAGGGGAAAGAGAAAAUCCAGAAAGUCCGUGAACUCACACAGUUCGCUCAGGAGGAAUUGCAAACGACCCCAGCUGCCCUUGCACUUGCCUGGGUGGCACGGAACCCGAAUACGUCUACGGUGAUUUUAGGCGCCUCGCGACCUGAGCAGGUGCUGGAGAACCUGAAGGCACUCGAGGUUCUGCCCAAGCUCACAGAGGAUAUUAUGUGCAAGAUCGAGGAGAUUUUGAAUAACAAGCCUGCGCCGCUGCCUACGUACGGGCGUCCGCCAUUGGAUAAGUUUGGGAGGAAUUAGAACUGAUCUUCGAUGUGAAAGUCUUCUGGUAUAUGACGUCAAGUCGCAAAGCUUCUGUAAUAUUUCAGGUUCACCUUGUACUUUUGAAAUGCUUGCGCUGCCAUAGGACGGUCAGAUGCGGUUGCAAUGGACAUCCGGACCGACCGGCACGACAACUUGAUCCCUUA